AUUUACCAUCAUGGCGGCGUCAUUACAAAAAUAUGAGCUAGUUUACGGUGAUUGAAGAACCCCACAAAUAAAAAAAAAAACACAAAUGAGAACAUGCAUAGUGACAAGAAAAUAACCAAGGAAGACACAUGGAGACCAGCUGACCUGAGAAGACAUGUCAGGGUAAGCAGAGUGGACGGACAUGGUGAUGACUAUGUCAGGAGGAGAGAUGACAAUGAAAGAAAGCACCGUGGUGGGGAAUCCAUAGAGAGACGCCACAGAGACUCAGAGAAGGAGUCCAGACGAGAGCAAGACAAACACAGGGAAAGGGAGAGUACAAGAGAGAGAAGAGAUGAAGACGGAAAGGACAGAUAUGCUGAGCGAAGAAAAGAGGGCUCACGGGACAGGAGAGGUGAUAAAGAACGGGACAGAAGAGAUGAGAGGGACAAAGACAAGGAGAAGAGGAAGGAAAGGGACAGACUGGUAGAUGGAAAUAAGUACAGUGAUGAUUAUAGAGAGAAUAGGGACAGGAGGAGGGAUAGAGAGGAAAAGCAGGAUAGGGAAAGACAUAGAGAUAAGGAGAAAGAUAGGGUAAGGGAGAGAGACACACACAAUGAGGGGGACAGGGACAAAAGGGGGGAAGAGAGAGACAGGGAAAGAAGGAGAGAGGAACGGGACAGAGAGCACAGGACUGAGAGGGAGAGAAGGAGACAUGAGGAAAGUGGAGAAGGCGGAAGGGAUCGGAUGGAAAGGUAUGAUAGAGAACAGAGAGACCGUCAUCGGGAGAGAGACAGACACAAAGAUGAUUAUGAAGAAAAGAGGAAUGACAAAGAAAGUCGAGAAAGACAUGGAGACAUGAGGCAUUCGGAACGGAAAGAGGAAAGAGAGUACAGAGAAGAACACAGAAGAUAUAAAGAGGAGAAAGAAAGGAGACACAAAGAGAGAGGAUAUCAUGAUGAAAAGCGGAAGCAUGACAGUGAAUCCAGGGCUCACCGGGACUUGAAGGGGUCAGGUGAAGAGGAAAGGCAUCAUCGUGGUGAGAGAGACAGAGAGAGAAGGCACAGAGAGGAAAAGGAUCCAGAGAAAAAACACAAAGAGAGGAGGCACAGAGAGGAAGAAGAUCUAGAGAAAAAACACAAAGAGAGAAGGCACAGAGAGGAAGAAGAUCCAGAAAGAAAACAGAGAGAGAGAAGACACAGAGAAGAAGAUGACCUAGAAAGAAAUCACAGAGAGAGGACCAGCUCCAAGAAAUCAACCUCAGACAAGAGCCAUGCACAUGAGACCAAUACAGUACAAACAGAGGAAGUUGACCUUGUAUCUGAGCACUGGACAACUAGAGUAAGAGAUUUAGGAGACACAGAGGAGCCUGUUGUGAAUGAUGAAGAUUUGGCUCACCAAGAAUAUGAAGAUGAUUUUGAGGAUUAUGAGGAAGAUUUUGAGGAGGUGGAUCAGAGUGAAAAUGAGGAUGAAGAUGAGAAGGAGCCAGAGUUUCCACAAGUGGAAGAAGAAAAAGAGGAACUUGAGGCACAAAAGAGAAAAGAGAUAGAAGCUAUUCAGAAAGCAAUGAAUGAAGAGAAUGAGAGAGUUGGAACAGCUCAGUCCAGACAAAGUACAAGCAGACAGGAGGAAGACGGGCCUAAACAGUCCAGAGGAUCUGAAAAGAACCAGAGUCGAGCCUCUCAGCGUGGGAAGUUUAUUGACUUUGUGGCAGCAAAACAGCGUGAAGUCAGCAAGAAAGUUGCCACAAAACAGAAGAAACGCAGCACAGAGCUGCUUCGCUUAAUCGAUCUGGAUUUCUCAAUGACAUUCUCCCUUUUGGAUCUGCCACCUGUCAGUGAAUAUGACAUGUAUAUUAGAACCUUUGGAAAUGCAAAUACCAAACAGGCUUAUGUUCAGUGUAAUGAGGAUAAUGCAGAUCGAGACAUUCAAACAGAGGAGAUAGAGGUGUGUGAGAAGUGGACACAGCAUCCUCCGGAGUACAAUGGAGCCUGUGGGGAUCCAAACCUCUCCCAGGAAGCACGAGACAAAAACAGGCAUGAAAUGAACUUUGAUUCCCAGCGUCUGACAGCAUUUCUGCACUCAGCCUCACAGGUCAUGGUUGUCCUGUUGGAAGAGGAUCAAGCUGAGAGAAAGUCCCUGAGGAAGUUGAGGACUCAAACAGACACAUUGUCUUUCAGCGAUGGAAGUUUACAGCUCAACACUAAGUUGCCUUUUCUUUAUGAUCGCCACAUCAGCCUGGUGCACUUCUCUCAGGUCCAGAGGCACACCAUGAUGUCAGUCCACACGCCUACAGCUAAGCCCAGUGCUGUGCGCCUUGACAGCUGCACCAUCAUCUGCAUCUGGAACAUCUGGGAACCAUCCAGACCUCAGAAGAUCCUUGUCUAUGAAUCUGAGGUGCAGUGCUGCUGUUUCAGCCCUGGAAAGGCCAUAUUGGUGUUUGCUGGUACAUCAGUUGGCUCGGUAGUGCUGUGGGACCUGAGGGAGCAUGUUGGUAACCACUACCGCCUGAAGAUAGGGGAGGAUGAGUGGACCUUCAGACAGCCUACUUUCUCCACAGAUGCAGUGAUGGCUGGCUCAGGCCAUUUCUCAUCUGUGACAUCUGUAGAAGUUGUCCCCUCUACUGUAGCAGGGGGCCUGAGGCCAGAGGUCCCCCUUUUGGCAUCUGAGGAAGAGUCGUCAGGAUUGUCAUUCCAGCUGGCUUCUUUGGAUGAAAGCGGGGUAUUAAAUUUCUGGGUGGUAGUGGAACUCCCAAAGGCCAACGAGGCUGGCUCUCCAACAGAUCUAGGACUCCGGCCUGGAGGCAAAGUAAAGUUGCUUCACAGCUCCUCCCUCCUCACUGCUGAGAGGGCAUCACCUCGAGAUGCACUGAGAACAGGGCCGUUACAGACUCUUCAUUUAAAGUUUCUUCCAGCCGACUCCAAUCAUUUCUUUAUUGGCACCAAUGUGGGUUUAGUCAAUCAUGGAACAAGUCACGGUUUGAAGGCUCCUCCAAAGUUUUACAGGUUUCAGGAGCCUGGAGUCCGACCUGUGGAUGUCAGCUCAAUCCACUUUUCUCCCUUCAGACAAAACUUGUUUUUGGUGGGUUGUGGGGAUGGGAGCAUCAGGCUGCAUGCAGUCAGCCAUGAGCAGCCUGUGGCAGAGUGGAAAAACAGUACAUCAGGUGAACCAGUGGUCUCACUGCAGUGGGCCCAAACCAGGCCGGCAGUCUUCUGUGUGCUAGAUGCAGCCUCUAGCGUUCACGUAUGGGACCUGCUGAAAAAUGACACAGAGCCUGUGGUCACCGAGAGGAUGCCUGCGGAUAGGGUGACAGCCAUGGCUGUGUUUGGAGACUCAGGACAACAAAACACAUAUUCAGGAAUAGCCCUGGCACAUGAGUCAGGAAAGAUAGAAAUGCAGUAUUUCACUGGAAAAUUUACUGUGCCCAUUCUUGCAGAAGAGGAGAAGUUGGAGAGUAUGAUGACUGAAGCCUUCUGAAAUACUGCAUCUGAAAUGGCUGAAUUGUAGACUGGUGUGUUUGUGUUAAUUCAUGUUUUAAACUUAUGAGGUUCAUAAGGAUCAAUUUAUAAAUGAGUUUUUGUCAUUGUCACAUUGUAUAGUUUGUGUCAUAAUUAAAUUUAAUGUUAGGUUUUGCUUCUGAAAGUGGCUAAAUACCAAAGAAAUGCCACAAUUCAUUUACUAUCCCCCAUAGAAACAUUCUAAAAAAAAAAACAUAAAUGAUUGUGGAUGUAAAUAUUUAUACUUUUUGGCUAAUAUGAAAUAUUUGUAUGGUGGUAAGUUUAAUUUUUAUACAAUAAACUGAGUA